AUGACGAGGACUAUGGCCACCAUCACAUGUCAUCGUCAUCUCUCUUCUGGUGGCUACGACCACUAUGGCUCCCAGCCUGGAAAUGGCCAUAAUAAUGGCCCUUCUCUUCACCUAGCUGCGUCGACCCUUGCAGCUACUCCACUUUAUUCCAACCCGCAACACAAUCCACCCUCACCCCAGGCGGUGCCUUCCCUGGAUAUCCAAUCUACUACCGCAGCUGAUAAAACGCCCGCUUGCCACUCCUUUGAAAUAGCCGGAGAAGUAUAUCUUCUAUCUACGACCUCGGAUAGUGUGCACGCUUCCGGUAACGCUGCGAACGACAGCAUGCUCAAUACAUCUAUACGACCUUCAUCCGCCGAGCCACAGACCCCAAAGCGGAAACGAACGGUCUCACCCCCAUCCACGAAGUCUCCUGGUGAGGCUCGUUCAACUUCUCGCAGUACCCGACGGUCUGGAGUUCAUAGUCGCCCGGGCUCCAUCCAUUCUCACCGCCGUACAAAUACCAUCACAUCUCUCACAACAUCUGCACCAAAUUCACCGGUUCGACGUGAGAACCUCCUAGCGCUGCAUCGAGAAUCCUGUCGACUCUUCCAAGAUUCGAAUAUCGAUGCCCGCCGGUCAUUUUCUCCACCUCAUACUCCUCCCCGUACAGUACGAACGCUUUCCGAUUUCAGCUCCCCUCCAGUAACACCGAUACUUGAGCGUCGGCCUUCUACAGCGCGCCCUCCCCGCCCCAGUACUUCACACGAUGACCAUGUAUCCGUCGAACACGUCGGUGUUGAGGUCGGUACUACAGAAACAAAACCUACCAUAAUAGAAUGGACGUCUCCAUCUACACGUCGCCGUGAAUACAAAGCAAUCGACCGAGCUAGCAGUGGCAUGCGCGGACUCUGGCGACGAGUUGCACCCCGGUGGUGUCGAUUUGGCGACAGCCGAGUUCCGUUCUUCGAAGAAGGGAAAGACGGCAAAGCCAACUAUGAAGGGAGCGUCCGCAGGUUUCGGAUGGAUCUCCCCGAGGAGCCCUCUGAUAGGCAAGCUCGCCGCGGACUAAAACUCAAGCCCAAGAUCGCUGUACAGGCCAUUGGCGUUGGUCGUCGCAGUAAAACUGGCUGA